CAACGGGGGUGGGGCUUACCGGAGGAGGAGGAUGUCGUCGUCAGCGUUUAGGAAGAAAAUCUAAACCGAGAGAGAGAGAUAGAAAAGGGGCGGGACAGAGGCGAAGGAGAUGUGAUUAGAGCGGGUGACAGUAACGGGGAGGAGCUUUAGGGGCUUGUCAGCGCGAGGGAAGUCCGUUUGGUUCAGCAGUGAGUAGAGCCGCUGUGUGCGCGAGCAAGUGGCCGCAGCGGCGGCAGCAGGAGGAAUAGUAGCAAGCGGCAUUAGAGUGCGAGCAAGCCGAAGGGAGGGAAGACGUCGCUGCUGUCAGAGGAGGAGCUGCCUGGCCGACGAAGAAGUAGCCACCGCUGCCGAAGGAAGAGGGGGAAAGGGAAAUAAAAAAAGAAAAAGGCGGGUGGGCGUCUGUCUGAGGGGGUACGUGAGGGCAGCCGGCGAGUGGGAGGGGCUACGCUCUAUAGUCUCCGUCGCCGCCGCUGCUAGUGCUGCUGCUCCUGUGAGGACUGACUCUCCCCCUCCCUCUGCUUCCCCAUCCUCCUCUUCCUCCGCCCACUCCUCCUCUCCUUUCCCUGUGGCCAGGCGGGGAUGGCGGUGCUGGAUUUGGCCCUGGAGGGACUCGCCAUCUUCGGGCUUGCUCUCUUCCUGGUGCUGUGGCUCAUGCACUUCAUGUCCAUCAUCUACACGCACUUACACCUUAACAAGAAAGCAACAGACAAACAGCCAUAUAGUAAGCUUCCAGGUGUUUCACUUCUGAAGCCUUUAAAGGGUGUUGAUCCAAACCUCAUCAACAACUUGGAAACCUUCUUUGAAUUGGAUUAUCCCAAAUAUGAAGUGCUUCUUUGUGUACAAGAUCAUGAUGAUCCUGCCAUUGAUGUGUGUAAAAAGCUCCUUGGCAAAUAUCCCAAUAUUGAUGCAAGACUAUUUAUAGGUGGCAAAAAGGUUGGGAUCAAUCCAAAGAUCAACAAUUUAAUGCCAGCAUAUGAAGUUGCCAAGUAUGACCUCAUAUGGAUCUGUGAUAGUGGCAUUAGAGUAAUGCCAGAUACAUUAACUGAUAUGGCCAAUCAAAUGACAGAAAAAGUUGGGCUGGUCCAUGGCCUGCCCUAUGUUGCAGAUAGGCAGGGCUUUGCUGCCACUCUAGAACAGGUAUAUUUUGGCACUUCCCAUCCAAGAACAUAUAUUUCUGCCCAUGUAACUGGUUUCAAAUGUGUAACAGGAAUGUCUUGCUUGAUGAGAAAAGAUGUCUUGGACCAAGCUGGAGGACUUAUAGCUUUCGCACAGUACAUUGCUGAGGAUUAUUUUAUGGCCAAAGCAAUAGCUGACAGAGGCUGGAAAUUUGCAAUGGCCACACAAGUUGCAAUGCAAAACUCUGGUUCCUAUUCAAUUUCCCAGUUUCAGUCCAGAAUGAUCAGAUGGGCCAAGCUACGGAUCAACAUGCUUCCAGGCACAAUAAUCUGUGAGCCAAUCUCAGAGUGCUUUGUUGCAAGUUUAAUUAUUGGAUGGGCAGUUCACCAUGUGUUCAGAUGGGAUAUAAUGGUGUUUUUUAUGUGUCACUGUUUGGCAUGGUUUAUAUUUGACUACAUUCAACUCAGGGGUGUCCAGGGUGGUGCUCUGUGUUUCUCAAAACUGGACUAUGCGGUAGCAUGGUUCAUCAGAGAGUCUAUGACGAUAUAUAUUUUCCUUUCGGCCUUGUGGGAUCCUACUAUUAGCUGGAGGACAGGACGCUACAGAUUACGCUGUGGAGGCACUGCAGAGGAGAUUCUUGAUGUAUAGCCACAGCUUUGUGACUGUGUAUUUCAAGAAAUGAAAAAAAAGGAGAAAAAAGAAAGUAUUAUAAAUUAUGUUUAUAUAAAAUGCUUUUAAAAAUCUACCUUCAAUGGUUUUAUUACCUGUAUGUUUUCAUAUCUGUUCUUUAAUUUAUUUUGCAUGGCACUUGCAUCUGUGAAAAAGUACAUCUGUAGCCUUGGCCAAAUAGUACCUUGUUUUUAUGUACAAAAUCAAAUAAGAGAAUUGGUUCCAGGAUUCAUUUUUCUUAGGAAUAUUCUGCAGCAAGUUCUAAAGACAGUAUCUUUCAGUAUAGUCAAAGCUACUCUCUGUUAAUCAAAGGACAUAAUCCACUGGGAAUAAGUUCUACACAGGUCCACUGGUAAUGAAUAGGUGUUGUGCAAGAGCACAGCUAUGAAUGUGUCUCAAAUGGCCUCUCCGGUCAUUGGAUUGCAUCCGUUGAAAGGCUAACAUUUUUAUACAAGUGCAGUUAGCUUUGGAAAGCACAAGUGGCAGGGCACAAGGAGAGAAGCCUUUUAGAUGAUCUAUGCCUACCUCUUGUAGUUGCUGCGGAGCAAAUAGGUAACUAGGCCUUACAAGUUAAAGCUGGAAAUUUGUAUGUGCGUGUGUGUGUGUGUAUAUAGAUAUAUAUAUUAAACAUUUUGGCCUCUCUGCAAUGCGCCAAAAGAGGACAGAGUUUGAUGUAGUGGGUGGGAAGAAUUAAUGGUUAGCUAUACCUAGAGGGCAUCUUUUGAUCAACUCUAAUUGGUUCUGUCUUGAACCAUUUUUAAUCACUGUGCUGUAAUUAGCCUAGCUAAUCUUCUCCUUCAUUCCCAUCUUGACUUUUUUUAAAAGGGUGUUCUUUGUUUCUGUGUGAAUGAAUGUUUGAUAGUUACAGGGAGAGGAGAAAUGCAUUUCAGGAACAUUUCACAUACGAGCUGUUUUCUUACACACUAUGUCUUCUUAAGAAUGAAACUUCAUGAUGCAGGUAUUUAGUAUCUUUUUUAAGUGGGCAUAGGUCUCUCUCAACAUUUGUCAUCCUUAAAUAUCAAAUCGCAAUAGAUUCUUGUCAGUAUAUUUAAACGCAAGACGAGUUUGCUGUUAUUGAUAUGAAACUAAGUUUUAAUUAUCAACUAGGUCUACUCUAGGCUUUUUUCCUCCAGUUAAUCUGGUCUUUCAAUUGGGUUUUUGUAUUCAAGUUGUAACAACUGAAAAGACUAGAUUAUAACCAAGUUGUAAAUGCAUGCUGUCGUCUUUCCUUGUUUCUUCCUAUUAGCUUGUUUUUCACUGUGGGGUUGCUCUUAAUGUGGUGAACUGGACUUGUAUACAACUAACUCUGAUCACAAAGCAAAACUGAGAGGGGCACAACAUAAGCCUUUUUUCUUUUUAUUAUUGUAUUUAAAUUGCUUUUUCUUCCAAAUGGGCAUGGCAUACUGUCACCAUAAAAGUUUAUAGCUAAGUGUAUUGCCAAUAUGGCAACUUUAAAACCUAAGUUAUGAUGCUUCUGUGACAAAGAGCAUAAACUGUAGCAUAUUAGCAAUAACUUUGACUAUUUAUAGAAAGACAUUUUUCCAGUUUACUGAGCCAGUCCAUUUAAUUGUCUUGUAUACACACACUGUAGUAUAAUAGUGUGCGUGUGUGUAGACAUAUCCUAUGAAACAUUCCCUUGACCAAAAUGUUUUAUCCUACAUUCUCUUUAUUUGCCUUAUGACAUUACAGAAUAUGUUUUGAAGGGCAUCUAAUUCCAUGAACAGAGGCGUUUAAUGUGUGUUCCAUUCUUUACAUGUGAAUCAGGAAGAACUUCCUGAGGAAGGCUGCAAACUGUAAACUAGUCUGGUUAUGACCCACUCAAGUUGUGUAUUUAUCAUUUUCAUUGUUAUCACUGUUAUCAUGCUUAAUUUUGCUUAUAAUGUUUGUUUUAUGAAGUUUGGUUGAUGCCAUCCAUUGCACUGCUAAACUGAAGCUAAGCUGGUCUAGCUUCAUGCUGAUCACCAUGUGGGCAGUGUAACAGAAAAACCAAAAAAGGCCGGACAGACUUCCCUCUCUUUGUUUGUAUGUGUGUGCACGCGUGUGUGUGCACGCGUGUGUGUGCACGCGUGUGUGUGCACGCGUGUGUGUGCACGCGUGUGUGUGCACGCGUGUGUGUGCACGCGUGUGUGUGCACGUUGUCACAUGAAGAAUUCUGUUAGAUAAGAGUGUGUGUGUGUUUGCAUUAGUAAAACCUUUAUAAUUAAGGAAACUGAUGCUUCACUUAAAUGAACAAUUUGAUUUCUCGUAUAAGAAAUCUGGGUUGAUUAUGAAAUGAAAAUACUUUGAAAAUAUUGUAGUAUGGCACUGUGACAGAACAGAGCAAAGGUUCACAAUGGCUAAUUUAAACUGUCAACUUGUUAAGAAUUCCAUGUUUAUUUAAAAUCAUUGUCUUGUUUUUGUUUGAAAAUAAAUUUUGAAUACAAUCAAAUGUUUUGAGAAAGUAAAUCUAUUUACUGCUUUUCUCUCCAUUACAUCCCUUUAAACACUUUUCAUAUGCAAAAUGUGUGUGACUUUCACUAGAAAACCAAGUCAUGGUUUCUCCUCCAUCUUUUAUCAUUGUUCUCACUACUGUUAAACUGCACUCCGGAUAAUUACAACAUCUGAUCUAAAUAGGGUUUGCAUAUAUACAUAUAUAAGGAGAUUGUCGCUAAAACUUCAAAAUUCUCCUAAUGCCCAACAAGCUGGAAAUUUAUAAAUAUUUUACUACAAGUGUCUUGAACUCUGGGACGUUUCACUGAAUUACAGCCCUUUUCCAUCUCAACUGCAGAGUAGCUUUGCUACAGAAACAUAUAUUGUGCGUCUACCAUACUAACACAUGAUACCUUGUCUAAUAGAUGUAUUCCAAUUUGCACACUUCAAAUUAUUUAAUUAAAUUUAUUUAAAUAUAUAUCUGCAUUAACUUGGGACUAAUACUGGAUAAUUUUCAUGAUUGUACCUUUUAAAACUGCUUUUCUGUAUACUGUUCUAAUUCUGUGCCCUUCCAUAUUUUGGCAUUUAUCUAAGUCCUGAUUUAGGCAUCAACUGAAGUUGCACAAUAAAUGAGGUAGUAUUUAAAGGAGCCAACAGCUGUUUUAUUAUCUUUAAAAGUGCAUGAUGCACCAAUAAAGGCUGAAUAAAAUAUCUGUAAAAGGGGGACAUGGUUUGAAGAGGGUGUAAAACAUUCUGCUAUUAAGAUUUGCCACAAAGAAAAGAGUGUAAGCCUGCUGGCAGGGUCUUAUAGUUAAAUUUUGUUAAAUCUUCAUUGUAUAGCACCUAGAAACCUGUUAGGUAAUUUCUAAAUAAAGUCUGAUGACACCUUGCCUAAA